UUUUCCGUUUCAGUUAUACCCGUGCUCCUGUCGAACAAACACCGCAUUCACGGGUGUACUCUAAAUCCAUCGUAUAUAUUAAUAUAUYAUUCGCAUUCAACGAGAUAUACAUAUAUAAUAUAUUAACUGUAUUAUACUCGCCAAUAGGUACCGUGCAUAAUAGAAGCAUUUUAUUAAACAAUGGGCGGAUAUCAACAAAGACAAUGGACGCCGACUAAGAGACGAGGCCCAAUAGCAGCCGAAUUUUCCGGUCCUGGGCCAGCAGCGGUAGCGUUACCAACUCUCGUAGGCAAAGACACACCGCCGGCGUCUACCCUACACUCGAGGCCCAAGGAAGUGAGGCCCGACAACUUCCCGGCACCCGGCGACUACAACCCGGAAAAAGCCGAGAAGGUGAUCCACGAACACUCGCCGCAGUACACGUUCGGACUGAAAACGCAAGUGGACAAGCCGAACCCGAACCCGGCGCCCAACGUGUACAACAUCCCGACGGUGAUGGGCGCGGCCAAGGAGGGGCACUUCAAGGCGGCCCCGUCGUUCAGCAUAUCCGGCCGCACCAAGGAGUUUCCGGACGGACGGCUGCUGAACCCCGGCCCGGGCGCUUACAACGACGUAAGCGCCGACAGUAUUAAACCGAAAUCGCCGGCGUACACGGUCAGCGCCCGGUACAACAUGCCCGGCGACAAUUCCCCCAGACCCGGCCCGGGAGCGUAUUCUCCCGAAAAGGUUCAAGUCGAUUUGUCUCAAGCACAUUCAUUUGGAAUUAAACAUUCACCGUAUUCUCAUUCUUUUGGCAUUGGUUACUAAGUGAAAAUGAAAACAAUUUAACAAGUUAAUUGAUACGCCUAACAAAUUAUAUUGCUUUCAAAUACAAAGUGAAACUACCAAGAAAAAAAAUUGUUUUUCAAUAUUAUACUAUACAUUUUUUUUUCUGUAAGAUUAUUAUUUUGAAAAACAUAAGAAGUAUGAAAUAUGAACCAUUUAACUAACAAUCAAAAAUAUGGAAUACAUUUAACUAACAUAAAAAUUGUAACUUUGAACAAAUAUAUUAGUUAUACAAUUGUCUUA